AUGCCGCUAGUUAAGAGGAUGAUAGCAGUAGAGAUGCAAGUCAGACGAGAGAAGGGCCUUUGCUACACAUGUGAUGCAAAAAUUUUGCCGGCUCAUCGGUGCCCUAAUAGACAACUGAUGAUGCUUCUUAAUGAAGAUGACAAGGACAUCCCUUUCAUAGAAGAGGUCGAGAUUAAAGAACCAGAGGUGACACUACAUCAUUUAUCUUUGCACGCCCUAAGAGGCACACAGGGGCCUACCACUAUCCAGUUUAAUGGAGAGAUUCAAGGAACGAAGGUGCAGAUUCUGUUGGAUGGGGGAAGCUCUGACAAUAAUUUUCUACACCCCAGGAUUGUUCAACAUUUAAAAAUUCUAGUAGAACUCACACCUGAGGUUAAGGUUCUGGGAGGGAUCGGACGUAUUUUGACUCACUCUAAAUUGACUGAUGCAUUUAACUGGUCCAAUGAGACCCAAAGUGCAUUCGAUAACCUAAAUCGCGCCCUUACUUCGUCUCCUGUCCUUGCAUUGCUGAAUUUCGUUAAGACUUUUGUGCUAGAGACUGAUGCAUUUGGUGCUGCGAUUGGGGUAGUUUUGAGUCAGGAUGAUCAUUCUAUGGCCUUCUUUUCUAAGAAAUUGUCACCUUGA